AGUUUUUCUUCCCCCUCGGCACAGUGUGUGCACUUCCGAAAUCAGAGAGACAUACUCCGCGCGCAACCAUGUCGGUUGUUGAGCAUGAGGAGGACCGUACUUAAGACUGUGUGACCCCCCAAGUGAAUUGUGCAAUGUUGUUUCACUUAAUUCCUGUGACUGUCCAGUGAGAACUGCAAGAAACUCUCCCGCAAGACAAUAUUGAGAGCCCGCGCGCACAGACACUUUUCAAUCACAAUUGAAGCUGAAUUCCCUUCCUCUCCCGCGUGUUCUUAUAAUCGCGGCUUUGUUUAGUGUGUCUCCUUAACUAUUCUGUUACAACUCUUGUACAACACAUCACCGCAUUAGAGGCUCGCUUUUUUUUGCUGUAAUUGCGGCACUUCUCCAUUGUUGCUUUCUAUCGGUGGUGAUAUUUGGUGCUAUCAGAGAGGAAAAUCUCAGAGACUGACGAGAGUUUUUCAGCCUGUGCGGACAAGCGCUGUCCAUUCAUCCUGGCAGAGAAAGACAAUUAUCAAGAAAAGAAAAGAAAAGAAGCAAAAGUGUGUCUCGCAACCCAGUGAAAAGCGGCCGGAUUUUGGAUAUACUUAGUCGCCCGUCCACAAUUCAUCAUUUUCCAUCGCAUUUUACACAAAUAGCAUUUUAAUAAUAUAAAUAUGUGUUCCAAAAAUCUCUUCUUCUCAUUGGCACUCAUACUUGUACUGGUUCCAAUGAUCGUGUCCUUCCCGAGGCAUCACACCCUCGCCAAGAGGAGCAGCUUCUUUGACAUUGAAUGCAAAGGUGUCUUCAACAAAUCCAUCUUCUUCCGCCUGGACAGAAUCUGCGAAGAUUGCUAUUCGCUGUUCCGGGAGCCGCAGCUUCACUCACUAUGCAAAGAGAAUUGUUUUGACAAUGAGUAUUUUGCUGGAUGCGUGGAGGCGCUACUCCUGGACGAGGAGCUAGAGAAGUUCAUCAAGUGGCGGGAAAUUCUGGGCAAGAAGUAAUGCACACCGCAAAAGAAACUUAAAAAAGAAGAAGAAAAUGAAAUGAAAUGCUAGAGAAACGUUUCAAUUUGAUAACAUUACGCAUGAUAUUAUUGUACAUAUUAUGUAUAAUUUUACAUUAGAUAACAUCUAGUCUCAGUGCUAAAUUAUUUGUAGUGUUUAUGGAAAUAUUUUGGGGGUGAGAAAAUGUGCAGAAGAUGAGAAAAAAAGGGGUGAAGUUCUUCAUAAGUUAAUAUGUGUAAGUUUUCUGUUGGGGGGAGGAAAUUGCUACAAUUUUCCAUAUCAAGAGGAGAAUCUCUCUCGUUGGGAAUGGCGUGAAAUGUAGAGAGUCACAGACGGAAAACUUGGCUGGAGUUUUCCGCCGGUUGCGCCGCUCUUCAGCUUCACUGCCUUGCAAAGGAAAAAGCUCAGCAGAGAAGUUGAUUUUCAACGCAAUUUCUGUAAUUAUUUUCUUCAUUGUCCUUUUGUUGGGAAAUAUCGGGGGAGAGAUGUUUUGGAAGAAGAAAGGAGGGAAAAUCAUCGUUAUUCCAGCACAGAAGUUGCAUGACUGAAAGCAUAUUAUUCGCGAUUGUUUCAAUUGCGCACAAAAAAACCAUGAAAAUUACAGCUUCAAUUGGACUUUUACUCCAAAUUGCCACCUUAAAGACGAUCAAAAUUUGAUACAGUUUGACAAACUCUAAAAAAUGCGCUUCAGUCAAUGGCAUCUUCAUGUGUGGAAAACACAUUGUUGAGAGGUGAACCGCAAGAAUAACCACAAAAUGUGUAGAUUUGUAAGCCACCACAUUCCUACUAGAGCAGUAUUUUAUGAUUUGUUUAUUGAGUUCAGAUGGGAAUUACAAUAAAACUUCUAAUUUAAAUCACAAAACUCCACGUGAAAUGCAUUUAGAAUUUCCACGG